AUGAACACGUGUCGGAUGACAUUCAAGUUCAAACCUCCUAUUCAAGUGUUGGUAGAUGCAGACAGUAUCCUUGAAGCGGAAAAGACAAAGUUUGAUAUUAAUAAAGGAAUCGAUAGAACGAUACAAAUGGAGACGAAAUGUUUUAUUACACAGUGCUGUAUUAAUCAUCUUUAUGAAACAGCCAAUCAGCCAGCUAUAGAUAUUGCCAAGACGAUGGAAAAGAGACGAUGUCAUCAUGACGAGACCCUUUCGUCGUACGACUGCAUCAAGUCCAUCACUAAUGUUGAUGGACAGAAUAAGUUUAGAUAUGUUGUUGUGACACAGGAUGAAGAACUUCGAAAAGAACUAAGACGUAUUCCGGCAGUGCCAUUGAUUUAUCUGAAUCGAUCGGUGAUGAUUAUGGAGCCGAUGUCCCCUGCUACGAGUCGAGUGGUCGAAUUGGUUGAGAGAAAGAAGUUGACUGGAGGAUUAAAUGAUGCCAGGCAUGCUGGCUUAAUGGAGGAUGAAGGUAAGAAGAGAAGCAUUGGGUCGAAUGGGUCAGAAGUGAUAGCAAAGAAACAUAAGAAAGGGCCUAGGGGACCAAAGGAGCCUAAUCCACUUAGUGUGAAGAAGAAGAAGAAAGUCGAAGUGAUAGAGAAGGUUGAGAAGAGGCGAAGAAGAAGGAGGCAUGGGGGGGGAGGAAAUGACGAAGUGUCUGAGGGAAGAGGUGAGGAAGAGCCCGAGGGAAGAGGUGAGGAAGAGCCCGAGGGAAGGGGUGAGGAAGAGCUUCAGCCUGACGAUGUGCCCGAGAAAGUACCCGAGAGUGCCUGA